AUGUUUAGAGCUUCUCUGUCACUCAGGACAACUGCAAACUCUCACAUGAAUCCUUUGAUUGCUGUGGUUGGCGCUACGGGGACGGGAAAGUCCAAAUUAGCUGUUGACCUUGCAUUGCGAGUCAAUGGAGAAAUAAUCAGUGCAGAUGCUAUGCAGAUGUACAAGGGCCUUCCCAUAACCACCAAUCAAAUACCCAUUGAAGAGAGACACGGUAUCCCUCAUCAUUUGAUCGGAUGCGUAGAUCUAGACCAGGAUCCUUGGAGGAUUGGGGUAUUCAAAAAAGAGAGCCUGAAGAUUAUCGACGAAAUCAGGUCAAGGGGUAAAGUUCCGAUACUGGUUGGCGGGACACACUACUAUACACAAUCCGUUCUCUUUCAUGAACCUUUACUUGAUGAGGGUAAACCAAAUAAGCAGAUGUCGAAUCAAUCGGAAGAUCUCCCAAGUGAUGAAGAUUUAACUGCAGACUCUAAGAAAGAUGUGGACUUUUCGAUACUAAAUGCCUCUGCUGAAGAGGUCUAUGAAAAACUGAAAGAGGUUGACCCUGUCAUGGCAAAUCGAUGGCAUCCAAAUGAGAAGAGAAAGGUUCGUCGGUCUCUAGAGAUCUACUUACAGACUGGGCGGCGAGCUUCAGACAUAUACGAAGAACAGAAAAAGAAGAUUAGAAGGGCAACACCGCAGGAUGAGGAUUACUGCGGGGCUGACGAGUCCGAGGAUUUAAGCACUCAGCUUGGGCAGGCAAGAUUUUCGCUACUCGUCUUUUGGGUCCAUACUGAAAAAGAAGAAUUACGAAAGCGACUCGAUAAACGUGUGCACGGAAUGAUAGAUCAAGGCCUAUUGAAGGAAGCCCAAAAAAUGUUCAAAUAUCUACAGGACAAGGCCUCGGAGGGGGUUGAAGUCGAUCGAACUCGCGGGGUUUGGAUGUCAAUUGGAUUUAAAGAACUGGAGCCUUACAUUAAUGAGUUGCUCACAGCUAAGGAGGAGCCGAAGUGUGAACUUGACAAAAUGAAGGAAGAGUGCAUCGAGUCAAUUCAGGCUGCCACAAAAGUAUAUGCUAAACAUCAAACAAGAUGGAUUAGGAAUAAACUGUGGAAGGCUUUGGGAACCUCCGGGAUGACAGACCGUCUUUAUAUUGCUGAUUCAACUGACGUGGAUAACUGGGACACAAUUGUACGUCAACCUGCUGAGGAAAUCACGUCAAAGUUCCUUUCUGGAAGCACGCUCCCACAUCCCAAAGAGAUGUCGGCGGUUGCGAAAGAGUUCUUUGAAUCUGCAAAUGCACCCGCUCGGUUUGAGGUUGACGACAUUCCGCAGAUGAGAGUAUGUUCGACUUGUAAUGCUACCAUUGCUGGAGCAGAUACGUGGGAACUCCAUAUGAAGGGGAGGAGGCACAAGAGGGCAAUAAAAUCCGCUGAAAAUAGACGACGUCGAGACGAAUAUUUCCAGAAACUGCAGGAGAAGUCCAACGAGGACAAUGGUGCGCCUUCCACGGAACUGUGA